AUUACAUCAACACACACAACCUAUACUGGACAGACACGGCGGGGCACACAGGAAAGAAAGAGAGCGGGUUGGUGGGUGGCUCUGCCACCAGCACCGGAGCAGCCGGGGCUCCAGCUGCCAGGGCAUCGGACUCAGAGCUCAUCAGCUUUUGCUACUUGCACAUGCGAGAGCAGAGGAAGGAAAGAGAGAGCAGGAGGGAUAUCAAUGAAAACCUGAUUUUUUUUGAGGAAACUCGUCCCAGGACCAAAUCUGACCCCACUUCCAAAAGCUCUGGCCAAGGCUACAAUGGGACAGCUAAUGAGUACGACCCAGAUGGCCUUAACAAAGACAGGCACGUGAGCAGGGCCAGGGCACACACCAUCGACACCCACCUGCGGAGCGAUGCCUCACACUUCUAUUGUGAGUCCUGCCAAGCCAAAAUCAAGAGCCGGCUGGCCUCAUGCAAGGGGGGCAAGACUGGCAGUGCCUGGGACAAUAUGGUGGACUUGAUGUCGCUUCCCCCUCCUGGGAGCGAUGAGGAAGAAGAUGAGAUGACGUCCCUGCUCCCCGCCAUCACCGCCCCCCCUCCCGGCUUCCGAGACAACAGCUCAGACGAGGACGACCCCAAGCGCCGUGCAGCUGCCCAGAGCCAGGAGCAAGGCCGGCACCUCUGUGGCAUCCUCUAUGAUGAGAUUCCUGUCACACUGAUAGACAACGUGCAACCACGGACAGUCCGAGACCAUGCCCAAGAGCUGGACGAUGCCCUGGUGUCCACCCUGCAGGCACUGGAAGCCUUGGCUGCUUCAGAGGAUUGUCCACAUCCCCCACCACAGCAGACAGCAGGUCUUAUUGUCCUGGCUGCCAUCACUCCUGAGUCAUCCUUGGAUUCUGGCCAUGAAACCAACUCUUCAGAGCUAACUGAUGUCUCAGAGAUGGUCUCUGCUAUGAAGCAGCAUCAGAAUGCAGCCUACUUCCUUGCUCAACACAUCAACAAAGAAAACCUCCUGGCCAGAAAGGACUUGCCUUUCCGAAUCCAGAGCUGUGCUGCCCAGGCUGUUCUCACCUCACCCUAUCCUCUCACCCACCAGGAGCCAAGCCCUUCAUUGAAGCCAGCUUUCUCUCACCAAAGCCCCAACAUUACCAAUUGCAAGAGCAAACAGGAGCAGCAGCCUGCUGAGCGGAGCUCCACCAUGGCUGUGCAGCCAGUACUGACCCCCCAGCUUUAUGAGCAGAACAGGGGGGCUCCAGUGCCUGGCUCUGAAUGCAAAGGUGCAGGCCACACAAAAGCUGCCUUUGAGGUAUCUCUGCAUGUUACAGCAGCCCCAAGCAGGGAGCAGGCACAGAAUCUACAAGAGAAGAUGCCCAAAGAUGUCCAGCCAAGCUCCAAGCUCCUCCUAGAUCAAAAAAGUGGCACAACUCCAGCCAUCAUUUCAGCUGCUCUGCAGCAAGUGGCAAAUGCAAAAGGCUCAGCUCCCCAAGUGGUAGCAUCCUCAAAAGAAGACAAGAACAUGAAUGGCACCAGCAGCUGUGCCUCAGCCAGCAGCAAGCCUUUGAAACUUAAAGGAGGUCCACAAACUGCAGAAACAUUAUGCAACUGUCAGCAGCAGCAACUCUCUCCGCAGCAGCACUGUGAAGUUUCUCCAAGUCCUAAAGAAGCUCAUGGCAGUAAGGCUGAAGCUUUCCACCUCGCCUCAGCGGGUGAAGAAAUGAUGCCCUGUAAGACUUUUGGUUCUAAAAGCUACCAGCAAAAAAUUAGUAGAGAUGCUCCAGCAAAAGCUGCAAGCGGAGAGCCAGGUCAGAAGGCAGGUGGGGAAGCUACAAGCCUUGUCUUUCAGAAACACACAGCUCCUUCAAACCCAGGACAGAAAAUGCAACAGGAAAGUUCAGCCAAAAGCUUAAAAGCUGAGAGUAGCAAUCUGCACUCUCCAUCAGCUGGUAGCACUUUCAGGAGCACCAGUGAGGAACCCAAAGGGCCAAUCCAGCUGGUGCCCAGAUCCGAGAGCCUGCAGAUCAGCACUGUGCCUUCCAAAAAAGUAGAAAAAGUCCUGGAGGUGACCCACCAAGAUGCUGAUGUCCCAGCUAAACCCAAAGCUCCAAAAGCUCCCUUCAGGUUGAGGAACUUGUUCUCUGCAACAUUUCCAACCCGGCUGAAGAAGGAGACAGACGAGCGGCAGGCCCAGCUGCAGAAGGUAAAGCAGUAUGAGCUGGAAUUCCUUGAAGAGCUGCUCAAGCCAAAGAGCAAAGGUGACCUCCCACCACAGGAGUAUCUGCACCCUCCUGCCCCUGGGCGCUGUAGCUGCCAGCUAAGGAGCAGUCCUGUGCAAAAAGUCCCAGGGAUGUCCAGGGAGCAAAGGCGCAGCUGUGACUGCAAGCGGAUUUGCAGAGGGGUGAGGCCACUCCCUAACCAGUUGGUGAUGCCAGAACUGGAGAGGCAAGGGAGGGAUAAAGUUACCAAUGACCAGAAGCAGGCAGAAGCCAUUAGGUUGACAAGCAUGAGCAGCCCUUCCAAAGGCAAGCGGAUACGAUCCACAAGUUUAGAGUCCAGAGACUACCGGUCAGAUCCAGAGAACAGCAUGUCCUGUUUGACAACAUGCGCUUCCCGGGGGGAGUGCAUGGGUGCUCCACACUACAGGAAGCUCUUGCGUCGCUACAGUGUCAGUGAAAUAGAUAAGACUGAUAGGACAUCCCUGUCCUCUGACAUCUACCAGAACAUAUAUACAACCAAGCCAAAAGGUCCCCAGAAAGAGCCUGAGCCCAGCAUCCUUUGUCCUGUUCUGAAGAACAAAUUCCAGGAAGCCUCUGGAGUGACUGACCCCUCCUAUGUUCAGAUAGCACAGGAGAAAAAGAACCAGAAGGGUUACCAGGAGGAGAUGUAUCCAAGUCCUGCAGAGCUGCGGGAUGAAGACAUGGAGGAUGAGAAGUGCUGCUCCAUUCGGUACUGCUUCUACUACAGGAAAUGCGAUGUUGCAGAUGACGGGAGUGAGAAGGAUGAGCUGUCCUAUUCCAUCCCCAUGCAGAUACUCCCAGGAAUGAAGCUGGACAAUCAGAUGGUCCCAGUCAUGAGCAGGACUCUUCAGGUCCUAGAUGCAACAGCCUCCAGCAAUGAUGGUCAGACCCAGGAAAUAGAUUUAAGGACCUCCAGUUUUGAGGGGAGCUUGGCAAAGAUCAACAUCCUUCGAGGCCAUGCCUACAGCUUUCCCAAUGGGUUUCUGCAAGUGCAGCUGGACACCAAUGAGCUCCUGACUAUCCUGAGGCAGUGUGUGGUGAGCCCUGACAUCCAGGACUGCAAACCCUACAUCUCCCAGCUGGCAGAGUACAAGCAAGAGCUUGCUCUCAAGUUCAAAGAGUUUCGGGCAUCCUGCCGCCGUGUAGCAGCCGUUGACAAGAGUCCUACCCACAUGCUCUCCGCCAUCACAAGCAGCUUCCAGGUGCUAAGCAGCCUUAUUGAGACGUUUGUGAGGCUCGUGUACAUUGUACGCUCAGAGUCCCAGCGCCAAGAGCUGCUGACGAAGGUGGAGGAAGUGGUGAGAAACUACACCUUCCUCCUGAAGGCUGCAGAGGAGUCCACAGCCAGAACACUGAGCCACCAGCAGACGGUGGAGCAGCUCGCCCGCCAGUCAGCCACGGUUGCCACUGUCAUGAGCACGCUCACACGAUCCCUAAAGACGUUGAUCAAUAAGUAA